AUGGUUGAACAGGACGAGUACGCAGAGUACUAUACACAGCCUGGGAGCCCCUGUGUUGAGUCGGUGUGGGUGAACAGGGAGUACACAGACGCUGAGGACACAGCCCCUGGGGCCCUGUUUGAGUCAGUUGUAGUUGAACAGAGUACAGCAGAGACUGAGACACAGCCGGGGGGCCCCUGUGUUAAGAGGAUCUCUCUUUCUCUCCUUCCUAGUCGUUCUGUAACCAGGGAUCUUGUUUCUCUCUUCCUAUCGUUCUGUAACCAGGGAUCUCUCUUUUCUCUCCUUCCUAGUCGUUCUGUAACCACACUGAGAUUGAGAAGCUGCUGGACACUAGUGAGUCUGACCAAGGACAAGGAGCUGAUUGGAGAUUUCACCAAAACCUUUGCCCUGUCCACCGUGGAGGGGAAGCACCAGGACCUGAAAUACAUCACUCCUGAGAUUAUGGUGUCCGCUCUGAGCGGCCAGCUGGAUCAUCUAGUCGAGAGGAUCGUGGUGGUUGACUGUCGCUACCCGUACGAGUUUGAGGGGGGCCACAUCAAAGGAGCCCUGAACCUUCACCAGGAGGAGCAGGUAGAGGAGUACCUCCUACGCACCCCCAUCGCCCCCCUCUCCCCUGACCGCAGGGUCCUCCUCGUCUUCCACUGUGAGUUCUCCUCAGAGCGAGGGCCCAGGAUGUGUCGUUUCGUACGUGAGCGGGACAGGACGAUGAACGAGUACCCUAACCUGCACUACCCAGAAAUCUACAUUCUCAAGGGAGGCUACAAAGAGUUCUUCCCUCACUUCCGGAUGCAGUGUGAGCCCCAGGGGUACCGACCCAUGCACCAUCAGGACUUUAAAGAGGACCUGAGGAAGUUCAGACUGAAGAGCAGAUCACUGUUUCUACCAGAGUGA